GUCAGUUGAGUAUGCAGGAAAUAAAAUGAUGAAUGAUUUAAACAGCAGGUAGUGUGUCGUAAUUGUUACAACAGUUCUUCCUGUUGAAAUAAGCGAGUGGAACAAUUUGUUUUCUGCAUGUUUCAACACUAACAACUUCUCAUUGUGAGCACAGCCACUGUCACAGCACGACCAGUGACAAAGCAGCUGAACAGUUUCAUUCCCGCCAGUCUCUUCAUCUGCCCCCGGGAUGCCUCUCCUCCAGGGUGUCCUCUCUCAGGUCCUCAGCUGGACAGGCCUCUGUCAGGUCCUAAGCGUGGUCAGUACAGGACUAGGAGCUGUGGUUGCCUUCUGGACCGUGAAGCUGUUGGUGCGACAUGCCUGGUACACACACAGGCUGUCCUGCUUCAGCAAACCACAUGCAAACUCCUGGCUUUUAGGACACCUGGGUCAGAUGCAGAGCACAGAAGAAGGUCUCCUGCAGGUGGAUGAGCUGGUGCAGAGGUACACUCACUCCUGCAGCUGGUUCAUCGGCCCUUUCUAUCACCUGGUCAGAGUCUUUCACCCUGACUACGUCAAACCCCUGCUGAUGGCACCUGCCAGCAUUACAGUGAAAGACGAGCUUGUCUACGGUCAUCUGCGUCCAUGGCUUGGACAGAGUCUGUUGAUAAGCAACGGGGAGGAGUGGUCUCGCAGGAGGCGGCUGCUGACUCCAGCUUUUCAUUUCGAUAUUCUGAAGGACUAUGUUGCCAAGUUCAACACCUCAGCUAACACCAUGCAUGACAAGUGGCGUCACCUGGUGGCCACAGGCACAGAUAGCAUUGAGAUGUUUGACCAGGUCACUCUGAUGACACUGGACAGUCUGCUUAAAUGUGCCUUCAGCUACAACAGCAACUGUCAGCAGUCCACCAGCGCGUACGUGUCAGCCAUCGUAGAGCUGAGCGACCUGAUCAUAGACCGUCGUCACAGACUUUUACACCACUGGGACUGGAUUUAUUGGAAAACCAAGCAGGGACAACAUUUCAGAAAGGCCUUAAGUAUUGUGCACGGGUUUACCAGGGAUGUGGUUCAGAAGCGCCGUGCCCUGAUCAACCAGCAAAGAGAGACAGACGUCACCACAGCACCACAGAGAAAGAAAGACUUUGUGGACAUCAUACUGCUGUCAAGGGAUGAAGAUGGAAAAGGCCUGACAGAUGAGGAGAUCCAGGCUGAGGCCAACACCUUCAUGUUUGCAGGACACGACACCACAGCCAGUGCGAUUUGUUGGACGCUGUAUAAUUUAGCGCGCCACGAACACUAUCAGGAGAAAUGCAGGAAGGAGGUGAUGGAGCUGAUGCAAGGGCGAGAUAGGCAGGAAAUCAAAUGGGAGGAUCUGUCCAGCCUUCCCUUCACCACCAUGUGCAUCAGAGAGUCUCUCAGGCUGCACUCUCCUGUGCAGGCUGUGACCAGGAAGUACACCCAGGACAUGGAUCUGCCAGGGGAUCGCACAGUACCUAAAGGUGCCAUCUGUUUGGUCAGUAUUUACGGAACACACCACAACCCUGCCGUCUGGACAAACCCACAUGAGUUUGAUCCUCUGCGUUUUGACCCUACAAGCAAACAAAGUCUGGCUUCUCAUGCCUUCAUCCCCUUUUCCUCAGGCCCCAGGAACUGUAUCGGUCAGAAAUUUGCCCUGGCGGAGCUUCGAGUGGUUGUGGCGUUGACCCUGCUUAGAUUUCGUCUGACCCCUGGGGUGAACCCCGACCUCAGAACCACCUCUGGGGGAGUCCGUCGUCUGCCCCAGCUCGUCCUGCGUGUGGAGGGAGGCUUGUGGCUACAGGUGGAGCCUUUGACCUCACACAACCUGGAGGAGAGGCAGGACGGCUGAUCCAGCUCUGGCCUCCCACCUGGGAGUUAAGCUCUGUUGUUGUCACUGGAUUAAUGUUUCCUCCAUCGUUUCUAAACACAUAUGUUCUUCUCCCACACGAUUAUUUUACCGUUACUUUGGAAAUGACUGUAAUAUGAUGUUGCAAUUGUUAUUCUGAUGACAAGUAUCAGCAAAUCAUUUUUACUGUAUUAAGAUUGUUUAAAUAAACCCCAAGAAUUUAAAAUAUA